UCAUGUCUCUCCUCACCUCCUGCAUGUUCUUUCCUGACCAGGGCAGCCCAGGCGUUCGUGGAGAAGUAUGAGGGAGCCUUGGGGAAAGGGCAGGGCAAACACCUGUAUGCCUACAGGAUGCUGAUGGCUAAGAAAUGGAUCAAGUUUAAAAGGGACUUUGACAAUUUCAAGACUCAGUGUAUUCCGUGGGAGAUGAAGAUCAAGGACAUUGAAAGUCACUUUGGAUCUUCGGUGGCAUCGUACUUCAUCUUUCUCCGAUGGAUGUAUGGAGUUAACCUCGUCCUUUUUGGCUUAAUAUUUGGCCUAGUCAUCAUCCCAGAGGUGCUGAUGGGCAUGCCUUAUGGAAGCAUUCCCAGAAAGACAGUGCCUCGAGCUGAGGAAGAAAAAGCCAUGGACUUCUCCGUCCUCUGGGAUUUUGAGGGCUACAUCAAAUAUUCUGCUCUCUUCUAUGGCUACUACAACAAUCAGAGGACCAUCGGGUGGCUGAGGUACAGGCUGCCCAUGGCGUACUUUAUGGUGGGGGUCAGCGUGUUUGGCUACAGCUUGAUGAUUGUCAUUAGAUCAAUGGCCAGCAAUACCCAAGGCAGCACCAGUGAAGGGGAGAAUGACAACUUCACAUUCAGCUUCAAGAUGUUCACCAGCUGGGACUACCUCAUCGGGAACUCAGAGACGGCCGACAACAAAUACGUCUCCAUCACCACCAGCUUCAAGGAAUCUAUAGUGGAUGAACAAGAGAGUAACAAAGAGGAAAAUAUCCACCUGACAAGAUUUCUCCGUGUCCUGGCCAACUUUCUCAUUCUCUGCUGUCUGUGUGGAAGUGGGUACCUCAUUUACUUUGUGGUGAAGCGGUCGCAGGAAUUCUCCAAAAUGAAGAACGUCAGCUGGUAUGAGAGGAAUGAGGUGGAGAUCGUGAUGUCUCUGCUGGGGAUGUUCUGUCCCCCUCUGUUUGAAACCAUCGCUGCCCUGGAGAAUUACCACCCGCGCACCGGGCUGAAGUGGCAGCUUGGCCGCAUCUUUGCUCUCUUCCUGGGAAACCUCUACACGUUUCUCCUGGCCCUCAUGGAUGAUGUCCACCUUAAGCUUUCUAAUGAGGAGAAAAUCAAGAACAUCACUCAUUGGACCCUGUUUAACUAUUACAACUCCUCAGGUGGGAAUGAAAGUGUGCCCCGGCCACCACCACACCCUGCAGACGUGCCCAGGGGUUCCUGCUGGGAGACAGCCGUGGGCAUUGAGUUUAUGAGGCUGACUGUGUCUGACAUGCUGGUCACGUACCUCACCAUCCUGGUGGGGGAUUUCCUUCGUGCUUGUUUCGUCCGCUUCAUGAACCACUGCUGGUGCUGGGACCUGGAGGCUGGCUUUCCCUCAUAUGCCGAGUUUGAUAUUAGUGGAAAUGUGCUGGGUUUGAUCUUCAACCAAGGAAUGAUCUGGAUGGGCUCCUUCUAUGCUCCAGGACUGGUUGGCAUCAAUGUCCUGCGCCUGUUGACCUCCAUGUACUUCCAGUGCUGGGCGGUGAUGAGCAGCAAUGUGCCCCAUGAGCGUGUGUUUAAAGCCUCGCGAUCCAACAACUUCUACAUGGGCCUGUUGCUGCUGGUGCUCUUUCUCAGCCUGCUGCCUGUGGCCUACACCGUCAUGUCCCUCCCACCCUCGUUUGACUGUGGCCCCUUCAGUGGGAAAAACAGAAUGUACGACGUCCUCCACGAGACCAUCGAGAACGAUUUUCCUAAGUUCCUGGGCAAGAUCUUUGCCUUCCUUGCCAAUCCGGGCCUGAUCAUCCCAGCCAUCCUGCUGAUGUUUCUGGCCAUCUACUACCUGAAUUCAGUUUCAAAAAGUCUCUCCAGAGCUAAUGCCCAGCUGCGAAAGAAAAUCCAAGCGCUCCGUGAAGUUGAGAAGAACCAUAAAUCCAUCAAAGGAAGAGCCAUAAUCACCAAUCCUGAGGACAUACUUAAGAACAGCUCCAAAAGUACCACCCAGCUACAACUCACUGAGGAAGAGCUCGCAUCUUAUUCUCCCAGCCAAAUCCAGACCCUGGACAAGAAAGCGCAGGGCCCUGGCAGCUCCAGCACUGAUGGCAGGGCUCCACAGCACCGUGUUGGAUCUCUGCCACCGAGAGGCAGACCAGAUUCUGGCCAACCCCAGCCUCAGGCUGACACAUGCAGGUCAGCUUCUGGAAGGAGUACCCGGAGGCCUCACAACUGAGGGCUGGCAUCUGUGGGUCUCCCAGUCCUGGGCUUGAUCCACAGGCUCUCUCACACACAUGCAUGAUCCCAUAUCACACAUGUAACAUGAGUUUUGAUCCUUGCGCUUCAGAACUUGUUACUAUUCAAAGGGAAGGGCAAUGGCUUCCCAUGAUUUGGGGUAUGGGAGGAGCUGAAACCUUGCUCAAACUGGCCUUCCUUCCCAGUGUCUUGUUCAGGCAACCCUGGACCCUACACAGUAGUGGUUUCCCUUGGCUCCCAACUUGGGAGGUGGAGACGUUUUUCAUGGUGUACAAGUUGGAAGCCAGUUUCUGCGGCCCCUCUGGGCAGAACUAUGGUGUGGAAGCUCCUACAUUUCAAACACCAGCCCUAUCUAAAGGAGGCUGGAAGGUUCAAAUAGCAGCUCCAAGCAAAGGAAAAGAGGCAGAUGCACUAGAGCCCUCUUGACAGAAAGGUCGGUGAUACCCAGUACCCAGCCUGGGGGAAGCUGAUACCAGUUAAGCACAGAAACUACCCUGGAGCCUCCAGCAGCCAGACAAAGGGACACAGGCAACACAGUUGUUCUGAUCCAACUGAAGAAAACUUGAGGAUUGCUCAGGACAGGAAAAGUCUUUUUCAUGAACCAAAAUCUAAAAGGAGCUGGAUAACCUGUUUCCUGUCUAAAAGUCGUUGAAGGCUGUGGUUCUUAUGUCUCCUAGCAGGCAUAAGUCAGGGAAGCCAGGCCAGAAAGGAUUUGCUAGAAACCAAAGGCUUGGCAAGGUAGACAUCUUAGCUGAGGGUUCUCUAGAAAGCCCAAGUGUUCUACAGACAGUACUCAGUGUUCCCAGACCCAAGGGAGCACCUCAACCCACGUCUCUGAGUUUCUGAAGGGAACCCCUUCUUUCAGCCACUUUCAGUUACUUUGGUUGUAGCUAUCACCCAAGUCCCCCAGGACCCUCGAGGUACCCCACAAAUUGUGCAUCAGGCGAAGCCCUGGUAGCGAGAAGACUUCAUAACUGAGAUAGUUUUCAAACAGAACUUCACUCGUGAGCUGCAUGGAGUGAGAGCGCAGAUGUGCGAGCAGGGGAGACCGGGCAGUUGCUUCACCUCAGCCCAUCCUAACAAGAUGACAAUCUCCAUGGAAACGCAGUGAGCCCCCAACACCGCCUGCAAGUCACACACUGCCUUCUGGGGACAACCAUUCUAGGUGUAAGCUUGCCUUACACAGGAACUCGGGCAAUCUAACCCCUGCCAGCCAGCAAAGCCCACAGCAGCUUCCGUGCCUCCAGCAUCAUCAUGCCUGCAUAGCGCCAACUCAGAAAGGAGAGCAAGGGGGAGGCAACUCCUGAGCCAUCAGCCUCUGUUACUGUUGUGCCUCUCAUAACAAUACUCAUAAACACCUACUACGAACCAAAUAAAUCACCUG